AAUUAAUUUUUGGACCAAAGAGUUUGGUGAAUGAUCAAGUUCAAAUUGAUAAGUUGUUAGUUUCUUAUUACUUGUAAGUUGAUUUGUUGAUUGUUUAAAAUUUUGUUCUGAUUGUUUUUAUUGUAAUCAAGUGAAAAAUAUUAAAUGAUGAAUUCGAGUAAAAGUUCAAGUAAAGGUGAAAUUGAUCCAGUGUUGAAGAAGCGGCGAUCUCAUGUUCGUGAGGUCGGAAGCCAAGGGGUUUGGUCACUUUCUUCAUGCAAAGCGGGAUUUGGAGUGGACCAAUUAAGAGAUGACAAUUUAGAAAGUUAUUGGCAAUCAGAUGGUCCUCAGCCUCAUUUGGUUAACGUGCAAUUUAAAAAGAAAACCUGUAUAGAAGAUAUUUGUAUUUAUGCCGAUUUUAAACUAGAUGAGUCUUAUACUCCUUCAAGAAUCUCUAUUCGGACGGGAAGUCAUUUUCAUGAUCUUCAAGAGGUCGAGGUCAUGGAACUACAAGAGCCCACUGGAUGGAUUCAUAUCGAUUGUCGUCAGGCCAAUAAUGGUCAAGGUAUACGAGCAUUUCUCGUUCAAAUCGCCAUUUUAUCCAACCAUCAGAAUGGCCGAGAUACUCACAUAAGGCAGAUCAAAAUUUACUCGACCGCCAAAGAGGAUAACGCGUUUAGCAAUAAUGUUGACCUGCCGUUCAACUUUACCACCGUUGACCUUAAUAAGCAUACGACGAUUCGGUAAAUCAAUUGAUUCCCUUACAAAUAUGAUUGAUUUAUAAAUCAGUAAUUCAUUAACCUUUCUUCACCUGAGAAAAGACCACAAACUGUUUUUACCAGCAAUUGAUUAAAACUAAUGUUUUCCUCUA